UGACAAAACGGCGCUCAGUUGUUGAACUAAAAUCGAAUCCGACGGUCGCAUAAACUUGGGCUUGGCAUUCGCGAAGGCAAGCCAACGGAAAGCACCUUCAUUCUCGCACCUAAUUGAAGGCCAAUCGAUUUAAGUACCUAAAGCACAAAAUACCAUCUAAAAAAGAUGUUGAAGUUGGCUACUGCUUUAAGCCUUUUACUCCUGAUCCUGGCUUUUGGCUGGGCUGAACUUGAGGGACCCCGGGAAAAGCGUCAGUCGAACAAGCUUCACGUAACGCUGCUCUACGAGUCCUUGUGUCCGGACAGCCGGAACUUCAUGCAUCAGCUGGGACCCGUUUACGAGGAGUUCCAGGACUACAUUGACAUUCUGCUGGUGCCCUUCGAAUCCCAGUCGGAGCGGAAUGGAGCCAUCUUCCACUGCCAACACGGACCGGCCGAAUGCAAGGGUAAUCGCCUCCAGAGUUGCGUCAUCAACAGCACCGGAAACCAGGCGGCCCAGGUGAAGUUCGUGGUCUGCCAGAUGCUGGCUCCGGACUACUCCCGCAUCGAUGAGUGUGCCAAUGAGGCGGGUCUGCUCACCGAUGUGGUCCACUGCCUGUCCAGCGAGACGGGCACCAAGCUGCAGCUGCAGGCGGAGCUGGUGACCAAACAGUACAGCCACUUCAUUCCCACCAUCGUUUACAAUGGCGUCUUCGAUCAGCAGCUGCAGGACCAUUCGCUGCGCGAUUUCCGCGGCACGGUUUGCUACUUGUUGCGUCAACAAAACUUGCUGCCCAGCAGCAGCACAAUCUGCCAGUAGAUCUGCUAAAUGUUCAAUGUAACUGCCUCAAGUUUGGAAUGAAAUUAAAAUUGAGAAACUGGUUUCUUUAACCGAACAAGAA